AUGCCGGAGAGAAGUUCUAGGUAUCAACAACCACCGCCACCACCACCACUGCAUCGGAGGAAAACUCCGUCCUUCUCCUCCUCUCUCCUGGACUCCAUUCUCCGCUCCAUUGACGAAACCAACGACGACACCUUAAACCAACAACAACAAGUUCAUGAUUAUGAUCAUGACCUUAUGUUUUUUGCUUCUUCUUCUGAUCAGCCAAAGCGGAGCAGUAAAAUCCAGCCGCAUUUGAUAAACGAAGAUGAACGGAUCCCUAGUCUCCGACGAGCCAUCAUGAUCGACCACUGGAUGGAGACUCAAUCCAACAACAACAACCGUGAUCAUGUUUCUCGAAAGUACUUCAGUUCGGAUUCAAGUAGCAGUGGAGCCACCAUGUCUGAAACAACUGAGACUCCCUCAACCUACAGAUCCUUACCCAACUCCUUCACCGUCUCUCGAGAUGCAGUUUCUAUCGAUAAAAAGAGUGAAGUAAAGUUUAUGAAGUCGACGAGGCUCAGAGCCAUGAAGAUCUACGGUGAUCUGAAGAAAGUCAAACAGCCCAUCUCACCAGGUAGUAAGAUUUCUGCAUUUAUUUACUCUCUCUUCGCUUCUUCUUCUUCUUCUUCUUCGAAGAAAGCCAAGAUGGAAGAGUCCAUGCAGAACUUCAGAUCGUUGAAGAAAUCACGGUCCAUUAAACAGCAGGACAGCUGCACUUCCUUUUCAAGGUCUUGUAUGAGCAAGAAGCAGCAUAGCAGUAGUAGUGUGAAAAGGUCUGUUAGGUUUUAUCCUGAAACCGAUACUGUUAUUCUGGAUCGAAAAUCAACCCAUGAACGUGAUUCGUAUGAGAGACGGUGGUUUGCGGAGAAGAACUACACCAAGAAUUACAAGAGUUUUAUGGAAGACGAUGAUGAAGACGAUCUGUUUGAGUUGGAGAUUGCAACUGCUGCUUACACACAAGAACUGCCUGUCUUUGAAACAACUGAUUUAAGGAAGAUUAGGAAGAUCUAA